CACUUCACUUGUUGUUCGUGCGGCCACCAGUACAGAGUUGAUAUUGUGCAGUGCAUUUAUAAAACAAAAAUAUGCCUAUCAUCAUCAAAACUUCUAGUGCUGGCGCUGGCGAAUGGGCCAUCAUUGAACUGCAGGGUGAUCUGGAGGUGCGCAGCAAUCAAAGCAUGCACGAUCAGUUCAUAGGUGAUCUGUACUACAACAAAUAUGGCCAGCCUAUUCUAAUCAUAGGCCAUCAUAUACUGCAAGGACGCGAGCAGAAGCUGGACAAACCGUUUGCAGUGCUGGAAAAAUCAAAGACUAAUGAAGGGCAGCAGCUGCUUAAUAUAACAAAUGCAACGUUAGAAGCAAGCGCCUUGAAUGCCACCGCAGGAGCCGAACGUACUCUACUGGAUGAUACAGUAGCACUGGAGCACAAGAGUCGUCAACGAACCGAGUAUACGGUGCGUGCCAUAUGCACAAAGAAGCUAAUUUUCAAAUCGCGACCCAAACCAAUUAUAGCCAAUGUGGCGAAAACAGUUUGAGCAUGGAUCAAUAUAUAUAUAUUUAUUUAGUUGUAUAAAUCAUUUUUGU